AUGGGAUACAAGAUAGCGGGACAGAACGACCAGUAUAUAUCCGUUACGCCAGAUGUGCAGAUACACAGCUUGUUACGAAUUCGCAAGAUUUCCAGUCUCUAUCAGAGCGGUAGCUUCAUACGUCGUUUCAACCACAGCUUGACGAUCCCUGACAACAACAACAACAACAACAACAACAACAACAACAACAACAACAACAACAACAACAACAACAACAACAACAACAACAACAACAACAACAACAACAACAACAACAACAACAACAACAACAACAACAACAACAACAACAACAACAACAACAACAACAACAACAACAACAACAACAACAACACACUCAUUGUGAUUUAA